CAUUGCCGGGGGAGACACACAAAGACAUGCGAAGAGGGGUUGAGCAAGGCUCGCGCACAAAGACGCCGGGGCGCACGGCAGCUCGGGCUGCACCCACCGCCCCCGCGCCGCGCCGUGCCGGGGCCGGGCCAGCGAAGAGCCCCGGGCUGAGCGCGUGGCGGCGGCGGCGGCGGCGGCGGGGAGGCGCGGGACCCGGGUCGCCCGCGCUCUCCGGGUGACCCGGGCCCGGCAGCAGGCGCGCGCGGGGGCGGCGGCGCCCAAGCCCAACUUGGCCUCCGCCUCGCCCUCUGCCCAGCCCGCCGGUGUCCCCUCCUUCCCGCGAUUUCGUUUCUUCUCACGCUCCCCCCCCCGCCCCCUCCCGCGUCCAGCCCCGCUCUCCCCACCUUGUAAAACAAAGCCGGGGAAAAUGCCUGCCCGUGCAGCUCGGAGCGCGCAGCCCGUCUCUGAAUAAGAAGUGAGUACAAUGGCGUGUUUGUAAAAAAAAGCUUCAAGUCCGUCUUUUUCAAAAAACAUUUUGAAUGCUGCAUGCCUCAUGCUUCCCAGCGCCUCGCGGGAGAGACCCGGCUAUAGAGCAGGAGUGGCGGCACCUGACUUGCUGGAUCCUAAAUCUGCCGCUCAGAACUCCAAACCGAGGCUCUCGUUUUCCACGAAACCCACAGUGCUUGCUUCCCGGGUGGAGAGUGACACGACCAUUAAUGUUAUGAAAUGGAAGACAGUCUCCACGAUAUUCCUGGUGGUUGUCCUCUACCUGAUCAUCGGAGCCACAGUGUUCAAAGCAUUGGAGCAGCCUCGUGAGAUUUCACAGAGGACCACCAUUGUGAUCCAGAAGCAAACAUUCAUAUCCCAACAUUCCUGUGUCAAUUCGACAGAGCUGGACGAACUCAUUCAGCAAAUAGUGGCAGCAAUAAAUGCAGGGAUUAUACCUUUAGGAAACACCUCCAAUCAAAUCAGUCACUGGGAUUUGGGAAGUUCCUUCUUCUUUGCUGGCACUGUUAUUACAACCAUAGGAUUUGGAAACAUCUCACCACGCACAGAAGGCGGCAAAAUAUUUUGUAUCAUCUAUGCCUUACUGGGAAUUCCCCUCUUUGGUUUCCUCUUGGCUGGAGUUGGAGAUCAACUAGGCACAAUAUUUGGAAAAGGAAUUGCCAAAGUGGAAGAUACGUUUAUUAAGUGGAAUGUUAGUCAGACCAAGAUUCGCAUCAUCUCAACAAUCAUAUUUAUACUGUUUGGCUGUGUACUCUUUGUGGCUCUGCCUGCGAUCAUAUUCAAACACAUAGAAGGCUGGAGUGCCCUGGACGCCAUUUAUUUUGUGGUUAUCACUCUAACAACUAUUGGAUUUGGUGACUACGUUGCAGGUGGAUCUGAUAUUGAAUAUCUGGACUUCUAUAAGCCUGUUGUGUGGUUCUGGAUCCUUGUAGGGCUUGCUUACUUUGCUGCUGUCCUGAGCAUGAUUGGAGAUUGGCUCCGAGUGAUAUCUAAAAAGACAAAAGAAGAGGUGGGAGAGUUCAGAGCGCACGCUGCUGAGUGGACAGCCAACGUCACAGCCGAAUUCAAAGAAACCAGGAGGCGACUGAGUGUGGAGAUUUAUGACAAGUUCCAGCGUGCCACCUCCAUCAAGCGGAAGCUCUCGGCAGAACUGGCUGGAAAUCACAAUCAGGAGCUGACUCCUUGUAGGAGGACCCUGUCAGUGAACCACCUGACCAGCGAGAGGGAUGUCUUGCCUCCCUUACUGAAGACUGAGAGUAUCUAUCUGAAUGGUUUGACGCCACACUGUGCUGGCGAAGAGAUUGCUGUGAUUGAGAACAUCAAAUAGCCCUCUCUUUAAAUAACCUUAGGCAUAGCCAUAGGUGAGGACUUCUCUAUGCUCUUUAUGACUGUUGCUGGUAGCAUUUUUUAAAUUGUGCAUGAGCUCAAAGGGGGAACAAAAUAGAUACAUCCAUCAUGGUCAUCUAUCAUCAAGAGAAUUUGGAAUUCUGAGCCAGCACUUUCUUUCUGAUGAUGCUUGUUGAACGGUCCACUUUCUUUGACGAGUGGAAUGACAAGCAAUGUCUGAUGCCUUUUUGUGCCCAGACUGUUUUCCUCUCUCUUUCCCUAAUGUGCCAUAAGGCCUCAGAAUGAAUUAGAAUUGUUUCUGGUAACAAUGUAGCUUUGAGGGAUCAGUUCUUAACUUUUCAGGGUCUACCUAACUGAGCCUAGAUAUGGACCAUUUAUGGAUGACAACAAUUUUUUUUUUUUUUUUUUUUGUAAAUGACAAGAAAUUCUUAUGCAGCCUUUUACCUAAGAAAUUUUCUGUCAGUGCCUUAUCUUAUGAAGAAACAGAACCUCUCUAGCUAAUGUGUGGUUUCUCCUUCCCUGCCCCCACCCCUAGGCUCACCUCUCUAGCCUUUUACCCCAGUUCUCCCGUUUGAACACCAUACCUUGCUGGAAACAGUGUGUAAAAUGACUGAAGUGAUGAUGCCCGAAGAAGAAAUAGAUGCCAAAUUACAUGGACAUUGAAGCAACACUCAGCGUUGCCUAGUGUUAAAGGCACUGCAGAGAAAUGAGGUGCAGAGGUGGCCCCUCUGAGUAUUUAUUUGACUCAGGUACCAGUGGUACAUAUAUACAGUGUAAUUAUGACCAGGCUGGUAAAAUUGGCUGCUCCCAAACAAUCCCCCUUUUCCUGGCAGUAUUUGGUAUUUAUCAUUUAUUAAUAACUAUACAUUUUUUUAAAGGCAGAAGAAGAAAAUCUAUCUAUCUAUAUAAAUAUAUAAAUGACCUGACAGAAGAAAACUGUUAAAAAUGGAUAUUAUUGGAGGCGAUU